CCGAUUUCCUGCUGGCAACCGCUAAACCCGCAGCGAGCCGUAGACUCGGCCGACAGCGGAGUUGCCCCACGGGCCGAAGAGGUGCUUCAACGGAAAGACGGUCGGGUUGCUUUGCCCCGCGUCGGAACCUUUUGAACCUUAUUACCAAGUCGCAACGCCUUCCUCGAGUAUUAAUCGGCCUCCAGCUCAGUUUUAAGAAAUACCUAUCGAUCCCUCCACGAUCUCGACUUUCACACGAGGCAUUUUGCAGAGCGAGAAUCUCUCGUUCCGGCCCACUCUCGUUCUCCCUCCCUCCCCCGACCAAAGAAGCGUCCCAAAGGGGCCCAAGAUGAAGCUCCUCUACCCGACCACGCUCCGGCUCAACCGCGCCCUCUUGUCGGGCUUUCCGACGGUCACACUCCACGCGUACGACGCCAAAGCGCCGACCCUCCCCGAGGACCUCCUCGACGCCGAGAUCCUCGUCACCUGGGCCAACAGCCCCGCCAACCUCUCGUUCGCGGCCCAGAACCUGAAGCAGCUCCGGUGGAUCCAGUCGCUCGCGGCGGGGCCCAACGACGUGCUCGCCGCCGGCUUCGACAGGUCGCGCGUCCAGGUGACGACGGGCUCGGGCCUACACGACCGCACCGUGGCCGAGCACGCGCUGGGCCUGCUCCUCAACGCGGCCCGGCGCUUCUAUGAGAUGCGCGACUGGCAGCUGCGCGGCCAGUGGCCCGGCCACCUGGGCGGACCCCAGCCCGACCGCGAACCGGGCACCUUCCGUACCCUCCGCGACGCCCGGGUGCUCAUCUGGGGCUACGGCAACAUCGCCCGCUGCCUGGCGCCGCACCUGACCGCCCUGGGCUCCGUCGUCCGCGGCGUCGCCCGCUCCGCCGGCGUCCGCGGCGGCGUCGAGGUCUUUGCCGAGGACAGCCUGCCCCGCCUCAUGCCCGAGACGGACGCGCUCGUCAUGAUCCUGCCGGGCGACGCCUCCACCCGGCACGCCCUGAACCGGGAACGCCUCGCGCUGCUGCCCCGCCACGCCUGGGUCGUCAACGUCGGGCGGGGUUCGUCGGUGGACGAGGACGCCCUCUACGACGCGCUCGAGAAGGAGGAGAUCGGCGGCGCCGCCCUCGACGUCUUCGAGCAGGAGCCGCUGCCCGAGGGCCACAAGCUCUACGGGGCCAAGAACCUGAUCCUCUCGCCCCACGCCGCCGGCGGCCGGCCGCAGGGCGCCGAGGAGCUCAUUGUCGACAACCUGAGGCGCUUCCUCGCUCAGCAGGAGCUGCGGAAUAAGCUGUGAUGAGAAGAGGAGGAUCCAUACGACUUGAACGACGACGCGAAACGGCAGCGUAGAAACGAAGUUUUUGGCGCUGACUCUACACAGCAUUACUUGCUUUUAAUAUUAACAUCUCAAACUUUUAGUAGAAACUAUAUGAUUCUCGUUCAGACAUCAAAGACGCAUUUUCUGCCUGAUGCCAAGUAUUUUUUUGUAUCUUGUUGCGUUUGAGACCCACGGGUUUCGGUUCGCUGGUUCAACCCGGAUGUGGUUUCAUUAAAGAAACCUAAUAUCAUCCGCCGGCGUGAAACUGUCGCAACCUGAAACUCGAAUGGUUUUCCAUCUUCCGGCAUUUCCCCCCC